AUGUCUACCGGUAGCAUCUCGUGGAGGAACUUGGCGGCAAGCUGCCCAAACUACCGAGUUGAGUUGGCGUCUUCAAAUGGUGGAGUGGAGAUCCAGGAUGCUGGUGCUGUUAUUCAUGAGUUUCGUGGAGCUCUAGCUUUGCAGCAGUAUGGUGCUUUCCCUCUUUUCCGGAUUGUCAAUCUGAACAAGGACAACCGCAACACUGGAGUGCUCAAUCUCCCGACUGAUUGUGUUUCUUGGAAAGUGCAGAAGCCUCGCAAAGUCAUCGGUGCAAACUCUGGUGUCAAGGCAUUCAAAACGACCGUGACCUUCCCGGCUGGAAAUGCGGAGGGAUUCGACAAGAUUGUUGUCACAUUGCCAUUUGAUGAUGAAGAAAGUCGCUCCGCUGCUGAGGUCUUUACGGAGGCCCUUGUCUUUGCUGGAACCAAUUCGCCCCGUUGA